GAAUACUUAUCACAUUGUUUCGUCAUCAAUUAUAAGGAUGCGUUCUCCUUACAUUGAUUUUCUUGCGGCUGGUCAAAGAGAAAAAAUAAUUUCCUUAGUAGAAUUUCCACUUGAUCCAUUUAUAUUUGAACUAAAUUUUGGGGUGAUUAUAUGGUAUCAAACGAUUGAUAAUUUUGUUGCCAAUAAUUAUUGGAAGUCAAUCUUUGUUGAAAAACCUCGUUCAUUUAUCAGGAACAAAAAUGAAUCGAUCAAUUUUCAUCCAUCCAUAUCAUAUUUGAUUUUUAAUAAUUCCAAUUCUUUGUCUAAACAAUGGGAUUGGUCAAUGCUACCAUUUCUACUAGAACAAUACUUAAAUUUGGAAUCAAAAUUUUCAAAUAAUGCGUCUCAAGAAUUUCAAUCUGUGGAUGGUUCACGCUGGUUAACACUGCUGCGACCUUACAGUAUAAUUAAAUCUGAUGAAUUAGAAAAUGAAAUAUCAAUUAACAUUACACGUCAAUUGAUGGAAAUUCGGGAAGAUAUAAAUAAUUAUGAAGAAAUUAUUUUGAGACGAUUUUUAUGUUCAAAAUUAGCAACCUGGUUUCUAGUAUUAUAA